AUGACGGAACAUUCAGUGAGCAAGCCGUUGCUGAAGCUCAAGCUCCUGGAAGCUUUGCGGCAAGGCGAAUUUCAGCCCCUAGAUCAACUAUUGAAUACGUGCUUCCAACCCAAAGACGACGCGGACGUUAGGGAAGUCACGCAGCUAAUUUUGCACUAUGCGGUCCAGGUCGCCCCUGUACAGUUAAUCAGGGACAUGUUGAGCCACUGGCUGGCCGACGAAGAAAUAAAACUGGACGUCAACUAUCAAGAUGCUGACGGCAAUACGCCCUUACAUCUAGCGGCGUACCAAUCGCGCGGAGAUGUCGUGAGUCUCUUAAUGGAUCUGCCGGACAUCAACGACUGCAUUUUUAACAACUCCAACCUUCAACCCAUUGAAAUGUGCAAAAAUCUGAACAUCGCGCAAAUGAUGCAAGUGAAGCGCUCCGAGUACCUUGGAGAGGUUGCCCAAGAGUUUCGGAGGGCGUUUGUUAACCGCGAUUGCGAACACCUCGAAGCUAUCCUAGCAAAGCCCAGAAACUCAGAGCUGUUGGACAUUAACGGUACGGACCCUCAAACUGGCGACACUGUCUUGCAUGAAUUUGUCAAGAAGAAAGACCUUGUGAUGUGCCGAUGGAUCCUCAAUCACGGUGGCGACCCUUUCAAAAGGGACCGCAGGGGCAAGCUCCCCGUGGAUUUGCUUGGCAAAGUGCCUAUUCCCAACGAUGCACCAGGCACCAAGCUAUCUCCUGAGCAAGAGCUCAAAAAGCUGCUUGAAAAAGCUGCAAGGGAGCAAAGCGUGAUUGAGGUGGCUAACAAUCUCAAUGAGCCACCUACCUAUAAGGGAUACCUGAGGAAAUGGACCAACUUUGCCCAAGGUUAUAGAUUGCGCUGGUUUAUUCUCAGCCCAGAUGGUACUCUAUCGUACUAUAAAGAUCAGGAUGAUACUAAGAACGCUUGUCGUGGAUCCCUCAAUAUGUCCACAUGCUACCUUCAUCUAGAUUCGUCCGAGAAGUUGAAGUUUGAAAUCAUCGGAGGCUUCAAUGGAACUGUUAGAUGGCACUUGAAAGGCAACCAUCCUGUCGAAACUAAUCGAUGGGUCUGGGCGGUGCAGGGUGCUAUUAGGUUCGCAAAAGACCGAGAGCGAAUCAUGAAGUCCGGUGGAACCCUAGGCGGAAAUAGUAAUGCCUUCUCGAAUAGCACUGGUCUGAAAAGAGAUGAGCCCAAACAUCGCUUAGAAGCGUCGAGCGCUGCCAGCCUUCACUCUUCCACGAGCCGUCGCCAACGGUCGCAUCAGCCCCAGCACUCAAUUAGUUCCAUGUCGUCUUACUCUUCGAACGAAGGAGAUAUGAACGAAAAUUUAACUAGUAAGGGCAAGGAGUACGUCACACGAGUGAAGUCGAACCGAACCUCUCUUGAUAUGUCCGCGGCGAACUCCGGCAACUCUGGGGAUUCUGGAGAAUCGAGGACAGACAAUGCAGGGUACCCGCGUAGCACCCAAGACAUGGAUGAUGCUGCCAGUGAACAGGAGGUUAUCGGUACUGACGAUGGCGAAGUGUUCGAAAGUGAGGAGGACUUGAAGGAAGAAUACGGCCCUCAACAUCAAGAAGUUGCAAUGAUCCAGAGAUCUAUCACAAUUGAGCUCUCCUCUCUUACAGAACUUGUAGCCGACAGAACACUGGACACGAGUGAACUGGAGAUGAUCAAGAAAUCGCUGCUCUCCUUAUCUAAGAACUUUGACCUUUACAGCUCAAUGGUUUCAUCCCGGGAUAAAAAGCUGAUCAAAAUUCUCACUAAACAGAGAGACGUCAACCAUCUGUGGAUUAAGUCCGUGAAGGAGUUAGAGCUUGAGCUGAUUGAAAAGUCCGAGCGCCUAUCUUCUUUAGACGUCGAAAGAAAGAAUUUAAAGAAGCUCUUGCAGAAACAGCUCUUAAAAAUCUCCGAAGAAGGAGCUUCGGGUGAACCCUCAAACAGUCUUCGAGACAGUGAUGCCGCGCCCACUUCGGACUCCAACACCAGUAAGCCAUUAGAAGAAAUUGCGGAUUUCAUAAAUUCUAACAAGGAAUCUGACGAAGACUCGGAUAUUGAUGAGUUCUUCGAUGCCGAGGAUAAUGACUCUGAAGAGCCCAGCGCUAAAACGACCUCUAAAAACGACACAAAUGUUUCUCAAGAUCAUGACAACGAAAUGGCCAAUGCUCCUUCUGUUGUAAGCAAAGAGGAGCCCAAUCAGACUAGUGAAGUGGACCCUGACUACGAGAAGGGGGCCCGACAUACUGGUUUGACAGAUAAUUCAGCUUCUGAGAGUGCGAAAGACAGUCAGACAUUCAAAAAGAUCAAAGAGGAGAAAUCAGAGGCACCCUCAAAGGAACAAGUCAAGGGCUACGAGGCCCGCCUUUCCCCUUGCACUGAGGUGCAGAAAAGCAAGGAAGCAAAGAUUAAUGAGGAAGGUUCUUUCUUAGGCUAUGAAGACGGGCUGAGGCUCAAGUUGAAACUCGGGAAAGACGAUCGCCCAAAGAUCAGCCUUUGGUCUGUUUUGAAAUCCAUGAUAGGAAAGGAUAUGACGCGUAUGUCUCUUCCCGUGACUUUUAACGAGCCCACAUCUUUGUUGCAGAGAGUUGCUGAAGACCUGGAAUAUUCGAACCUUUUGACAGAGGGGGCGGGGUUUGAAGACUCGACCUUGAGAAUGUUGUACGUUGCAGUUUUCUCCGUUUCUUCCUAUUCUUCGACGACGAAAAGAGUUGCUAAGCCGUUCAAUCCCAUACUCGGUGAAACAUAUGAAUACUCGAGGCCCGAUGAGCAUUUCAGGUUUUUUGCAGAACAGGUGUCCCAUCAUCCACCUAUUUCUGCCACUUGGUCUGAAUCAGCGAAAUGGGACUUCUGGGGCGAGUCCUGCGUCGAUUCAAAUUUCAAUGGAAGGUCAUUUGAAGUUGAGCAUCUUGGGCUAUGGUAUCUACGCUUGAGACCUGACUCAGAAGACAAAGAAGAGCUCUACACCUGGAAGAAGCCCAACAACACUGUGGUUGGUAUCCUGGUUGGUAACCCCCAGGUUGACAACCAUGGAGAUGUGGAAAUCAUUAAUCAUACUACUGGAGACCGCUGUAUGAUCCACUUUAAGGCGCGCGGUUGGAGAUCUUCGAACGCUUACGAAGUUAGAGGAGAGGUCUACAAUAAAAAAGGUGGCAAAGAGUGGGUAUUUGGUGGUCACUGGAAUGAGUCAUUGUAUGCAAAGAAAGUUUUGAAGCCUAAUUCAUCAGAAGAAAUGCCUGUUGAAAAAUCAAAGGCAGCCCAUCAUUCCAAGAGCGGUCCUAGAACUGACGGCUCUAAGUUUCUCGUCUGGAACGUCCAUGACAGACCUGAUUCGCCUUUCAACCUGACUCAGUAUGCUAUCACACUAAAUGCUCCUCAGCCGAAACUCUUGGAGUGGAUCGCCUCUACAGAUACCCGCUUUAGACCCGACCAAAGGGCAAUGGAAGAGGGAAGAUACGAUGAUGCCGCUGAGGAGAAGCAUCGUGUGGAACAGAAGCAAAGAGCUGAGCGUAAGCGUAGGGAGCAAUCCAAUAUUGAUUAUUCCCCUAAGUGGUUCACAAGGGCGGAGCAUCCUGUCACAAAAAAGAAAUAUUGGAAGUUCAGUGAUGAGUAUUGGAAACUUAGAAAGGAGCACAGAUUUGAAGAUCUUCCUGAUAUUUUCUAG